CUGCGCGGUGGAAGAGAGCGAGAGUGAGAGAGAGGAGAGGAAUACGGUUCGUGGUUACACAAAUGCCACCGGACACCGACAUCGGCCUCGGACCGGACGGACGCACGGCGGCAGCGGGGCCGAGAGACACGGGACUCACAGGGAACAUGGCGGCGGGAACAACAACCUGAACGGUACCGUAGCGACGAUAACUCAGAGGAACGACGCGGUUGGCGGGCCGGUAACGGAGGAGCAUCACUUAACGCAGAGGAAAUGAGGGGAAGCGUAAAGGCAGAAACUCGUUUCUAAGCAACAACAACAACCGAGCGUGCUGCAGCGCACACACCAUGAGCUACAAGAUCCCCGGGGCUGCGAUGGACAGAGUCAGCCUGCUGUGGCGCAUGAGGCGUCGGGCUCGCCGUGGAGUUCUCUGCAUGGCCUUCUUCUGCAUCUCCAUGGCUCUGCUUUACGCCAUCUGUGCGGAGAACAGCGUGCCCGUCACCGACGCCAUCUUCGGGGUGCGAGCGCGAACCCGGGCUCAGCCUCGUGCGCACUCGGUCAUCAAGGUUCUGCGGGGCGGAGCUAAGCCAAUGUACAUUGACCCCCAGAAGCUGCCAGGCGUCGUCCCAGGUGACCCUCACCGUCCAAUCCCUGUCCUCUCUUCUCCGAACCAAACGCACGAAGCCGUAGACUCGUCGUCAAAGAGGAAGCCAAAAGAGCGGGACACCUCUGGGUUUUUCUCUCGCCUGCUGCCGCGCCCCUUCACGCGUGCGCUGGAGACCCUGUUUGGAGGCCGGCGUAGGGGGGAGCUGAGUGGCAGAGGGGGGGACGCCGAGUUCUUCGGGCCUCAUGGGCUUCUGGGAGAGGUAUGGGACGACGAGAUGUCCAGUAACAUGCUUGGAAGCAGACUGAGAAAGGUGGUGCAGAACUAUCAGGCGAUGAAUAAGUACGGAGUGGAGUUCUCCGGUCCUGGCGGUGUGUCCAGCAGGCCCAAGCUGAGCGGUCCUAAACUUCUCUGCCAGAUCAAGGAAAACGUAGAGGUGCAGACUUUGACCUCCGACCUCCAGCCCUUCUCGUCCCUGCCCUGGGCCUCCCAGCUGCCAAUGAGUCAGCUGACUUCUGACCUCGGCCCGUACAGGAGCUGUGCUGUGGUGUCCUCUGCAGGGUCGCUCCGCUACUCAGGCCUUGGCAAAGAGAUAGACUCCCAUGAUGCGGUGCUGCGAUUCAACGCCGCCCCGACCACCGACUUCGAGAAGGAUGUCGGUUCAAAAACCACAAUCCGCCUCAUCAACUCACAGGUGAUGGCGUCGGAUGACCACCGUUUCCUGUCCAGCUCUCUGUACAGCUCAGGUGCGCUGGUUGCCUGGGAUCCCGCCCCCUUCUCUGCUGACCUCUCUCAGUGGUACAACAGAACAGACUACCCCAUCUUCACCCAGUACCAGAGAUACAGGAGGCUUCAUCCUAUGCAGCCCUUCUACAUCCUGCAUCCUCGCUUUGAGUGGCAGAUCUGGCAACGUAUUCAAGACAACAUGGCUGAGCCCAUCCAGAGAAACCCGCCCUCCUCCGGCCUGCUUGGCACAAUCCUGAUGAUGUCGCUGUGUGAGGUGGUGCAUGUUUACGAGUUCCUGCCGUCCCGCAGAAAGACAGAGCUGUGCCAUUACUACCAGCGUUUCUAUGAUGCCGCCUGCACACUGGGCGCAUACCACCCUCUGCUGUAUGAGAAAAAUUUGGUCAAACGGAUGAACCAGGGGUCAGACCACGACAUCUACACCCAUGGACGUGUCACACUGCCUGGGUUCAGACAGCUGAACUGUACCCAUGCUGCCGGAGGUGUAAACAACCACUGACUUGAAAAUACACAAGGAAAGCACACAAACAUAUGAAGCAAAGCAGAAACCUGCAUGUAAACAUGAGGACAGACGCAUGAACAUUUCAUCCCCACUGCCGAAACAGAAGGAACGCUGUGCCACUCACUAUAAAUAUUACAUGUAACUUCACGCUGCAAACAUGUGCCACACACACACACACACACACACACACACACACACACACACACACACACACACACAGAGUCCAAUUAACUAAUAGAUGUGCCUGCUGUUCAUACAUACGCACAUGUCCUAUAGAGGACGUUUUAUUGAUAAUCCCUGUUCAUCCCUUACAAAAGUAACAUAUCGCUAUUUUAACCAUGUAUGAAUUUAUAUUUUAAGGAAAGAAACAUUAGCCGAGUGUUUUCCAAACGGUACUAGCAGGUUUUUGAUGUCUUCCAGAAAAAAUCCACACCUACAUACUGACUAAGCUAUACUUCAGACAACUACUGACUACAUGAUAUAAAUAGUAUCUAUAUAUCUAAAUAAAUGCGCAGAAAGGUCAAAUCAUCCAAAAGCAACGCGGCAUGCUUUGGAAACAGAAAAUCAUUAUGAUGAUGUUUAAAAAAUGUGCGGUUUAUUGAAAUGAAACGUGUUAAAAUCAGCGCUAUGGACCUCUAUCAAAUUUCAUCGUCCUCCUAAGCAAACCAAAGUCUUAAACUGACCUGCUGAAGAAGUUAAGAGUUGUCCAAACAGAUCUCAAUACUCAAUUACAACAAAACAACAAACAGGCCUUAACCUUCAAUGUAAAUAUUGUUUUUAAAUAUUUUAAACCGAAUCACAAAAGCUGCUUUCGUUACGAAUGUUGUUUCACUUUAAGCACGACUUUCCUGAAAGCAGCUUUGGAGUAAUUACGUUUUUUCAUUGUUUGGUGGUAGAGUCUAGAUCGGUUUUCUUAUCAGUUUUUCACUGCCGACACUGCUUCCCUAACGGCUGAUACUGAGGAAAAAGUUGAUUCAGUUCUGCUUGAAAUUAGUCUUCGUACAAUCAUAGUGCACCUAUGCUUAUGAAUGCCACAAAAAAUACUUUGCUUUGGUUUUAGACAUAUUUCCUGUAGCUCAGAUUUCAGUUUUGGGAAUUCUUUUAAGGUUCUAUUUUCAGGGCUUAAAAUCCCUUUUUUAAACAGCAAAAUGUCUUGGCUUGAAAUCAGCGGUUUUAUCCAAGUGUGAUUGUAUUCUUUCUCAGAUUUAUUGCUGUAAUAAGUAGUGAACAUGGCACACAAAGAAAUGUUUGAGUCACAGUAGGAGUACACCAGCUUUAAGCCAGUCGAAUUUGAAAAUGCAGCUUCUUCUCGCCCGUUGGGAGUGAGUGGAUCAAAUUUACAACGGCAGCUUGUCAUUCAUUUGAAACUGAAAUACGGUACCUAAAUGAGGUUUCUACUUUAAUGUGGUACAGUGUGAGCAAAGAUAUUUACACAAAUGUCCGUCAAAAAUGGGUUAUUGUGGACAACACAUCAAAAGGCCUUAAGACAAAAGAAACAUUUAGAAUAUUUUAGAGGUAUAUAAAAUAUACAGUCAUUUAUAGAGGUUGUUGCCCAAGUGAAUCAACCCACACAUUGAUGUUUUUUUUAGCUCAAAUGAUCUCCUAAAAGAAUACAACAUGUGCAUCAAGACAUUUAUGUAGUGGCCUGACAUAUAUUUUUCUUCUGCUGGUAUUUUUUCGUUUGCUAUAACACACAAGAAUCAACACAAAUAAAAUCUCUGAUGAAUGUCUCAACAUGACACACACACCUGCACACAAACAAACCUCCCUAAAUGUAUUUGUUGAAGAAAAUCCUGCCUGCUUGACUAACUCCACUUAUCCAAGAAUCUAGUUUCAAAAAAUGACGUCAAACUAAAGUUUUGUACCCACAUUGUCAAACCUGUAACAACCUGUUCCCUGUAGUCUUCAUACAAUUCUUAUAUAGUGUAUAAAGUAUAGCAUUAAUAUCCAGGAGGAAGGUCUUUAAUGUGAUGCUGUUACACAGCCACGUAAAGCAGAGUUUGAUUUCUACAAAUAUUCAUAUUAAUAAACCAUUAGACAGUUAAUAUAUAUAUAUAUACGGUCGUUUUUGUUUGGUAAAUGGCCUGAGUUAGGGGAUAAUUAAUCCAAUAUCAUGAAGCUACAGACCGUAAGAUAUUAAAUAUCUGUUUAAUUGAUUUUGCAAGAGCUUUUCAGAAUAACCCUGCAGCUAAAGCUAGUUAGUUAGCCUGUUGACCUUCAAAGGCUAAGGGCGCCACAGUUUAUACAUUUAUUAGAAAAGGGAAUUAAUGUGCGGCACAGCUUGGAGUAUAAUUUGUUCUUUGCUGUUCAUUUCCCCCAACUCUGUCUGUAGAUGUUUCCAGAACUAAAACUCUUUAACACACCUGCAUCAAUGCUGUAUUUUCAGUAUUAAUCGCAGUACAAAAGGCCACAAAGGUAUUUUGACUUUUGUCCAGCAUGUGUACCUAAAAUAAAAGAUCCUCCAGAGUAGUGAAACAACAAGGAAUACUCUUUACAUCUCUGAUAGUUAUCUGCAUGGCAAGAAUUCUGCUUUUUAUCCCAUUAUUUUUCUUUACUAAACGUCAUGUAAAACCUGCGUAUUGAUAUUAGCAUUUCUACAUGCGGACCAGCUCAUUAGCAUGCACACAGACAUAAUGAGCCUGGUUUGCACAGGGUAAGUGUGAUGCUUCUUAAAUGUUUUAUGUGUCUAAAAUACUAGAUUUUUCAUAAAAAAUGAAUCAUUUUACAGCAGACAAAUAGGAAAUCAAACACCAACAUUUUAAAAUAUUCAAAGUUGGACAAGUCCUAAGUUUAUCACACGUCAACAUGUUUUGGUCAUCCGAUGAUUUUCUGAAAAAGGUUCACCACUGAAGUGUCUUGCACUGUUCAGUAAAGCUGUGAAGACACUGUACAAUGUUAUCAUUGAUCUGUUGUAGUGUGAGUUAAUUAAACCUUCAUUAUAUUUAUCCUUUCAGCAUUAAAACAACUUGUUUGGACACACUGAACAUAAACACAACAUGUUGACAAAAAAGAUAAGGGCAGCUUUGUGUGCUUCUACAGUUUUUUAACAAAAACAAGUAGUGAAAUAAAAAUAUUGAGCUGCAGAUAGCAGGAAGCUAGAAAUGCGGUCAUUUAUAACUGAAUUGCUGUGAAAAUCUAAGAAUUUGCUAUUUAUUUCUUGUUUCCAUCCACUACUGUAAUGUGUAAAAGGAGUUGGGUGCAUUAAGAUACAGUUCCAAGGUUUGUGGAGAAAAUCCUCCAGUCAGUACCAUAGAGAUCCGAAAAGGGGGGAAAUUAUUCAUUGCACUUUGUUCAGUUGAAUUUUUGUGGAUAUACUACUUUUUCACUUUAGACGAGCACAAGAUUUUUCCACUGACAAUUUCAAAAGGCAGAUAAAACAGGUGGACGGAAUCGGAACUACGACUGCUUCAGCUGUUUAAUUAAUUUGUGUUCAUAUGCAUGUUUUUAAACCUAUGAUAUUUGACUCUAUAGUCUGCUUACCAAAAUGAGGACGUGUUUAAACAAAUAACCACAAACCUGGGACGUGGCAUAUCCAUCAAAGGAGUAGCCUAUCGCACACCACAGAUUUUGAGACAAACCAUUUUCCAGCCGCUAGUUUUGCCAUUCAGACCCAAAAGCAUGACUCCCAGUGAUCCUCAGACAUGAAUAUACUGUAUAUACAAUCUACUCUAUCAGGUCAAUAUCGCCAAUGUUCGGGUGUCGCCAAGAAACUCCAAGAAACUAAACGGCUCCGCUUAUGUUUUUCUAAUAAGUUCAGUUUGAUGUUUUUACCUAACUUUAUUGUUUAUUCAAGAAUACACUAGGAGGACAUGUUCUCCCUAUGCAGCUCUGGUGUUGUACUAACUGCUGGUCAUUUAAUUUGUGUAAAACAUUUUUAUUUAAGCUUACAAAUAUGUGUCUGCUUUGCCUUCAUCCCCUUGCUUUCGGAAAAGAGGGUUAGGGUUAGUUAAGCUGUUAACUGUGUUUGUUAUUUCCUUAGUGAUUUCCUCCUUUUCUACUGCAGUCUUGUCACUUGAUGUUGAACAAUGUUUUUAUCCACCCACCCCUAUAGGCAUGUUGCUUUUUUUUAACGAUCAAUUUUCUUAACAUCUUCAAGAAACAUCAGUAAAAACAUGUUAAUGACAAAUGUACAGUUGGCUUUUCUCGAAGACAAGAAAUAGCUCAUUGACUACUUGAUAGAUUGUAAUGAAAUCUGGUUAACACCUUUAUGUUCGCCUCAGGAUAAAUGGUAGAAAAUGAUCACCUCUAAACCUGUUUAAAAAAAACAAAUCUAAGCGGCUGCAGUUUAGCGGUCCAAGUAGGUUGAUUAUGAAUCAUGUCACCACUGAGUUAAGAUGCUCACUCAUUCACACAGGCUUUGAAACACACUUACUUUAUCAGUAUAUUUUUAAACCAGCAUUUGAGAUUACAUUUCUGUUUUAAAAUGUUAUUAUUACAUAUUACUGUUGUUUUUGGAGGAUUCAGUGAACUCACAUCUUUGUUGGUGUCUUGUCAAUCACUUUGUCUGUAUGUGAGCAGGGGGUUGUGACAAUCACAUGUCUGGAUGUUGGGAUGAAGGAAAUCUAAUGUAUUUGUAACUCAUCAAUCAAUAAAUACCUGACAACUGAA